AUUUAUUAUUUUGUCCAUAGUGAACGCACAAUAAUUAAUUUCGCAUAAAUUUUAUUAAAUUUUUAGUUUGCUUUUUGUUUACCAAACUAUAUAACAAUAAUAAACAUUAGUUUUAUUAGAAAUUUAACAAAAACAAUAUACAUCGGCUUUUGCUAAAGAACAACAAUAAAAAAAGUGAAAAAAUUAAACGAAAAAUAGAAAUUGUAGAGAUAAAAAGGAAAACGUGUAGAAAAAUUUUGCAAAAAAGACCACAAAGUGUUACGGAAUAAUAAAAUAAACAUUGACUGUGUGUGUUGUUGAAUUGUUUCAUAUUAGCAAAAUUUUUCAAACAUAAAUCAAUUAAAUGCUUCCAUUUUGGUCACGUUUUAAACACGGUGUUUUACAAAAUUUGACCGCAACAUAUUUUCGAGGUUUGUUUGUUAUCAAUCGAACGACCAACCAUAAUGUGGGCCAUCAAACAACUUUUCCAAGAUGUUUGUGGCUGCAAACUAUGUCUUCUUCCUCUUCUACACGUAAUAAGUUGGUGACAGGUGGUGUUUGUUUAUUAAUGGUGCCGGGCAAUGGAGUUGAUUUUAAUAAACGUUUAUUACAAAUAAACCAUACGCAAAUUUCACAAAAAUUACGCAAAGUUGGUUUUAGAGGUAUGCAUAGUUCCAUAGAAAAUUUAAAAAUGGCCGCCAUGCAAGUUAAAAUUCUACCAGCUUUACAGGACAAUUACAUGUAUAUGAUCAUUUGCGGUAACACUCGUGAAGCUGCCAUUGUCGAUCCCGUUGACCCUGAAGCUGUCAUCAAUGCUGUCAAACAAGAAAGUGUCAACUUAACCAAAGUCUUGACCACCCAUCAUCAUUGGGAUCAUGCUGGUGGUAAUGAAAAACUAGUUAAACUCUUCAACAAACCUCUCGAUGUUUAUGGUGGUGAUGAGCGUAUUGGCGCUCUUAAUCAUAAAGUGACACAAGAUGAUCGUUUGAAUAUUGGCGAUUUAAAGGUGACCUGUUUGUUUACUCCUUGUCACACUACUGGUCAUAUUUGUUACUUUGUGGAAGCACCCAAUGGUGAUAAAUGUGUCUUCACUGGUGAUACUCUCUUUCAGGGUGGUUGUGGUCGUUUCUUUGAAGGCACUGCUGAACAAAUGUAUGCUGCUUUAGUGGAAAAAUUAUCAGCAUUACCCGAUGACACUAAGGUAUUUUGUGGUCAUGAGUACACUUUGCAAAACAUGGCCUAUGCUCGUCACGUCGAACCUCAAAAUGAAAACAUUCUGAAGAGAAUUGAAUGGGCGAAAUUGCGUCGUGCCACUCAAUCGCCUACUGUGCCUUCUACCAUUGCUGAGGAGAAAUCAUGGAAUCCAUUUAUGCGUGUUCACGAGGCUUCCGUACAAAAACAUGCCAAUGAAUCUGAUCCCAUACGUACCAUGGGUAGUUUACGUAAAGAAAAGGAUAAUUUUAAGGCUUAAGCGAUUUUGUUGUUUCCAGUAAAACGUGUAAUUUUCUUGCUGUUCUCCCAUUAUUGUUUAAAGUUUUUAGCAACUAGUUAUUUUCUUCUUCAUUUUCGGCACUUUUUGUUAAAUACAAAUAAUUUGAAUUGUAUUUGUUUGAUUGAAAGAAAAAUUUGUUUUGAAGGCAAAAAACUGGAUUUUUUUGUUAUGAAAUUGGCUGCUAUUUUUGCAAAAAAUAUACAUAUAGAUUAAAUAAAUGAAUUUCGGGUUUUGGUUAUAGAAGAAUAA